AUGAAUUUGGUAGAAUGGAUUGUCACUACCAUAAUGAUGACAGAAUUACUCUCAGGAAAAUGUGCCAAUAUCUUCAUAAUAGUAGUGAACUUCAUCGACUGUAUAAAGAGAAGAAAGAUCUCCUCAGUUGACCGAGUUAUAACUGCCCUUGCCAUCUUCAGAAUUGGUUUGUUGUUGUCAAUGUUAAUGAAUUGGUAUUCACAUGUGUUUACUGAAGAUAUGUACAGUUUUCAAAUGAGAACCUUCACAGGAAUUACCUGGGCUAUAACCAAUCAUUUUAGCACUUGGCUUGGGACCAUACUCAGCAUGUUUUAUUUAUUCAAGAUAGCCAAUUUUUCUAACUGUCUAUUUCUUCAUCUAAAAAGAAAACUUGACAGUGUUCUUCUUGUGAUAUUCUUGGCAUCUAUUCUGUUUCUGGUUGCAUAUUUUGAGGUGCUGAACGUCAAGAAGAUUGCUUGGAUGAAUAUUCAUGAAAGAAAUGUGACCAUAAAGAACAAACUGAAGGAUAUAGCAAUCGUGAAAAGUAUGCCUCUCUUCAGUCUGAUAAACAUUGUACCAUUUGGCAUAUCACUGAUCUGUGUUCUUCUCUUAAUCUAUUCCCUAAGCAAACAUCUCAAGAAUUUGAAAUUCUAUGGCAAAGGAUGUCAAGAUCACAGCACCCUGGUCCACAUAAAGGCCUUGCAAACUGUGAUCUCCUUUCUCUUGUUAUUUGCCACAUACUCUUUCUGUGUAAUUAUAUCAGGUUGGAGUUUUCUAAAUACACCAAUCUUCUUACUUUGCAUGGCAAUUGGUGCCUUCUACCCAGCAGGUCAUUCUUGUAUCUUGAUUUGGGGAAACCAGAAGCUUAAAAAAGUCCUUCUGUUUGUUCUGAGGCAAAUGAGAUGUUGA